AGUACCACACAUUGUGUUGGUGGGGGAGGGUUGUCGGCGUUGCGCUCCCGCCUUGUAGUGAGUACCUGGUGAUUUCUGCGUGUUCCGUGUGUGUGCGUCGUUUUGUGUGACCGUGACUCGACAGUGGAGGAGCGUAACGCGGGUGUGGCGUGGAGUGGGGAAGUGGGGAGUGUUGAGGGGUGUGGGCGACCAGCAGUGCACUCACUACCUGAAGGAUUAUCCAGUUUUUGGCGCGAACGUCUUCUGCAUCUCCGCCAACACCUGAGGAUGUAUUAGCGCCGCCAGCCACGCCACUAACAGUCAGCGGCACACGCGGCGCCCGUCACGCCUACACUGCAAGGGUCGCCGUGUGGUGCGGGAGUGUGGCGGCGCGGCGCAUCCCAUCCAGCUGUGGCAGUCCAGAAUCUUCGCCGUCUGACCUGCCCGACGUGUUCUCGGCUUGACGCGCGCCAGGUUAACACCGCCUCACCCUGGCAGCGAGGCAGUGAAGGGCAGCCUGCUUCUCCCUGUAUCCCUGAGGGUGCCAUGUGAGAACGCGCUGGUCGCGGCAUCACCUCAAACGCUAACACCGUGACGCUCGACGCGAGGCAUGUAGCAGCAUCCGCCAGGGCAGAAUGGUGCCCCAGCAGUGGCGAGGACAGGUGCUGGUGUUGCUGCUUCUAGUCACCACGGUGCGUGCGACGUGACGGCCUGACUCCACCAGCGGCAUGGGCCUGCUGGCGAGCCCGUGAAGCACGCCAGGGAGGACCAGCGACCAGUGACUCACUCCCCUACAGCGUGUGCGACGGAAUUCUGGAUCCGCUCCGCCGCCAGGGGUGCACAACGAUCUAGCGAGGCGGUGGCGCAGCAGGAAGGCGCCAGGCUCCCUCCCGUUGGCGGCCUCAUGCCCGCGCCUUUCCGCUCAGUGUGUAGUGCUAUCUGCUUCAAGUGAGUGCCGUGCUGCCUGCCCUCCAUCAGCCGCCUGGGCCGCGGCGGCACUGAUUUACCGGUGUUUACUUACACGUGUGUUGCUGUGAGUGCUUCAGGUGUGUCCUCGGCGUCGUGGCUCCAACUAUGGGCUGACCGCAGCCCUGUCCACUCUGCCUGGCCGUCAGGACCUGUUACUGUGCUAGUGGCGCCACGCCUGAGCUUCUUAGUCACUCAGCACCCCGUCAUGGGGUGGCCGUGCGUUCUCGCGUGCUGAACGAGCGUGUUGCUCGCUGGGCUUAGGAGUCUAGUCACUCUUCUCCGUCAUCCUGAUGAUGGACGAUUACCACGACAAGAGGUUCAUCCGCGCCCUCAGGGUUGCGCCUGCCGAGCGCAACCAAGAGGAGCUGGACCUCAUUUACGGGUGUCUGCGGGGCAUGGAGGCGCUGUGCUGGCUGCGGGAACCUGCCUUGCGUGCCUUGUGCCGCACUGUCAGGUACCAAGUCCACUACUCCAACGACAUCCUCUACUGCCGCGGGGAGCUGGCCACGUGCUGGUUCAUCCUGCUGUCCGGCUCCGUCUUCAUCGAUGGCUCCAUGUUCCUGCCCCGCUCAAGGUAA